AUGGUCGAGCUGAACCAGCAGAUCACGUGGUACCCCGAGCACGUGAAGGACGGCCAGUUCGGCAAGUGGCUGUCGAAUGCGCGCGACUGGUCGAUCUCGCGAAACCGCUACUGGGGCAGCCCGAUCCCGGUGUGGGUGAGCGACGACCCGGCGCACCCGCGCAUCGACGUGUACGGCUCGUUCGCCGAGCUGGAGGCCGACUUCGGCCGGCUGCCGCUGAACGACGCCGGCGAGCCCGACCUGCACCGGCCCUACAUCGACGACCUGACCCGGCCCAACCCCGACGACCCGACCGGCAAGUCGACCAUGCGCCGCAUCGAGGACGUCUUCGACGUCUGGUUCGACUCGGGCUCGAUGCCCUACGCGCAGGUGCACUACCCGUUCGAGAACGCCGACUGGUUCGAGCACCACUACCCGGGCGACUUCAUCACGGAGUACAUCGGGCAGACCCGCGGCUGGUUCUACCUGCUGCACGUGCUCGCGACGGCGCUGUUCGACCGCCCGGCGUUCCGCACCUCCGUCUCGCACGGCAUCGUGCUGGGCAAUGACGGCCAGAAGAUGAGCAAGUCGCUGCGCAACUACCCCGACGUCUCCGAGGUGUUCGACCGCGACGGCUCGGACGCCAUGCGCUGGUUCCUGAUGGCCUCGCCGAUCCUGCGCGGCGGCAACCUGAUCGUCACCGAACAGGGCAUCCGCUCGGAGGUCCGCCAGGUGCUGCUCCCGCUGUGGAGCACCUGGUACUUCUUCGCGCUGUACGCCAACGCGGCGCACCAGGGCGCGGGUCUCACCGCGGGCCGGGUCACGCCGGACACCCCGGUCACCACGAUGGACCGGUAUGUGCUGGCCCGGACCCGGAAGCUCGUCGAGACGGUGACCGCGCAGCUCGACGCGUACGACGUGCCCGGCGCCUGCGAGACCGUCCGCGUGCACCUGGACCUGCUGACCAACUGGUACGUGCGCACCCAGCGCGACCGGUUCUGGUCGGAGGACCAGGCGGCGUUCGACACGCUGUGGACGUCGCUCGAGACGCUGACCCCGCGUCAUGGCGCCGCUGGCCCCGCUGCUGUCCGAGGAGGUGUGGCGCGGCCUGACCGGCGACCGCUCGGUGCACCUGUCCGACUGGCCGACCCUGGGCGACGGCUCCGCGGACGACCUGGCGCUCGCGGCCGACGACGACCUGGUCGCCGCGGUCGACGGCGUGCGCGAGGCGGUGUCCGCCGCCCUGGCGCUGCGCAAGGCCAACGGGCCUGCGCGUGCGGCAGCCGCUGA